UAUACAGAGUCACAAUAACUAAAACUAACGUAAGCUUGUGCGGUUCUCUCUUCCGUGUUGUCACUGCGCAUGCCCAGUUCAUUGCUAAGUAAGAAAGGCGAAGAUGUCUUUAGCGAGUUUUUUGCCGGCACCGACCCAGCUGUCUCAGGACCAGCUAGAGGCAGAGGAAAGGCUCCGGGCCCAGAAGUCCUAUUCCACAGCCCUGGUUUCGUCCCGUAAGGACCCCCCUCCUUAUGGACUCAGAAAAGGCUGGGUACCUCGCGCACUUGAGGACUUUGGAGAUGGAGGCGCCUUCCCAGAAAUCCAUGUGGCCCAGUUUCCCCUGGAGAUGGGCAGGAAGAAGAAGACAUCCAAUGCCCUGGCAGUGCAGGUGGAUGCAGAAGGAAAGAUUAAAUAUGAUGCCAUUGCCAGACAAGGACAGGGGAAAGAUAAGGUGGUCUUCAGUAAGUACACAGAUCUGCUCCCAAAGGAAGUUUUAAACGAAGAUACUCCAGAACUACAGAAACCUGACGAGGAGGCUGUAAAAGAGUUGACAGAGAAGACUCGUGCAGCCCUGGAUAAGCAGGUGUCUCAAAAGAUUGCAGCUGCCAUGCCUGUACGAGCUGCAGACAAACAAGCUCCUGCACAGUACAUCAGGUACACCCCAUCCCAGCAGGGAGUGGCUUUUAACUCGGGGGCCAAGCAGAGAGUGAUUCGCAUGGUGGAGAUGCAGAAAGACCCAAUGGAACCACCACGUUUCAAGAUCAACAAGAAGAUUCCUCGAGGACCUCCUUCUCCCCCUGCCCCCGUCAUGCAUUCUCCAAGCAGAAAGAUGACUGUCAAGGAGCAGCAAGAGUGGAAGAUUCCCCCAUGCAUAUCCAACUGGAAGAACGCUAAGGGCUACACCAUUCCUCUGGACAAACGUCUGGCUGCAGAUGGUAGGGGCCUGCAAACUGUUCACAUCAAUGAAAACUUUGCCAAGUUAGCUGAGGCGCUCUACAUUGCCGAUAGAAAGGCCAGAGAAGCAGUUGAGAUGCGAGCCCAGGUAGAGAAGAAGAUGGCCCAGAAGGAGAAGGAGAAGAAGGAGGAGAAACUGAGGGAGCUGGCCCAGAUGGCUCGAGAUCGGAGGGCUGGCAUCAAAAGUCAUGGAGACAAAGCAGGUGGAGAGGACGGCGAGGCCAGGGAGCGUGACGAGAUCCGCCAUGACAGAAGGAAAGAGAGACAGCACGACAGAAACAUUUCCAGAGCUGCUCCUGAUAAGAGGUCGAAGCUGCAGAGAGACCAAGAGAGAGAUAUCAGCGAGCUCAUUGCUCUGGGCAUGCCUAACCCUCGUUCCUCCAGUGAGGCCCAAUACGACCAGCGACUCUUCAAUCAGAGCAAGGGCAUGGAUAGUGGCUUUGCAGGCGGCGAGGACGACACAUACAACGUGUAUGACCAACCAUUCCGCAGUGGCAGAGACAUGGCCCAAAACAUCUACAGACCCACGAAGAAUGUAGAGACCUACUCUGAUGACUUUGACCAAAUCAUGCACAACAACAGAUUUGUUCCAGGAAAAGAGUUCUCGGGCGCUGAUCACGGUCAGAGACGGGAAGGCCCGGUCCAGUUUGAGGAGGAUCCUUUCGGUCUGGACAAGUUCUUGGAGCAGGCCAAGCAGCACGGCGGCUCCAAGAGGCCCUCCACCAGCAGCCGCUCAAAGGACGACUAUCACGACAAGAAGCGGAGGAAGGAGUGAGGACGUGGAGUAGGGACGUGGUCUACACCCUCCAGGAGCCCGAGUGUGUUUUUAACAUACUCAACUCUAUCAGGAAUCCUCUGUCACAGCCUUCUUUCAAUUUGAAAGAAGGUGAAGUAUUGUAAAAGAUUCUUUUCUUGUCCCAUUUUUUCUUUUUUUACAUUUGUCAUUUAGUUCACAUGUUUUUUGUCAUUUAUCUAUAGAUCAACUGUUAAAUAUUGAGCAGGUGCAGCUGAAACUCCUGUACAGUGCAGUCAAUGUCCUUUCCAAUGUGAAUGGUAAUAUUUGACCUAACAAUUACUUACUUUUGUUUAUUCUAGUACACAAAUGGAAUUUAGCAGAAGUGUUCGCAUUUACCUUGGCUUCAUUUACCCCCCAUCACCCUCCUUUUGACUUUAUUUGUCAAAUCGGUUUUAUUUAAGCCUGGUGUGUUCGUGAGCACAGUUACAGCCCACGUUUGAUAGCAGACAUGUACAGCGACAUGAACCUAUCUGUAAGAUGUAAAGCAAGGCGCUUUAUAAUUCUUGUACAUUACAACCAAUGGAAUAAAUUUCAUAUAGUGUGUAA